AUGCCACGCCUCAAAUAUGGAUCCAUUCUCCGCGUGUUUGUUAUUUUGGGUCUACUCUGCAUCUGGGUACAGAUAAUGCUGUCCGCGUCUAGCGUGUCUAUGGAUAAAGAUGGCGAUAUCGCAUCGGACAUAGCCACUAACCAAACUAACAUAAUUGAGUUAUACACAGAAGAGCUGAUGAACUACAAUGACACAUCGGAACAGGUCUUGGCGUUGGUCCCGCCGGAGCUUCACAAAUAUUUAACUGUGCACCAUAAGAAUAUUAGUGUUAACGCCACAGACCGUACAGCACCAAAGAAUACGUCAGACAUACGAAGAGCCAUAGAAAUGAUAAAUGAAGCACAGACUAUAUACAAUGAAGAUAUCUUUGGCCCAGUUCAGAAUGACACCAUUAUUAUUGCUAUACAGGAUGAUUUUGAAUAUCAAAGUUAUUAUCUUCCGACGACGCCAUUAUUUGAUGAUGCGUCCGCUCAAUCUCGCGUCUUGGAUGCGACUGACUGA